UUUGCUUCAUACUUCAUUCAUUUUAUCGCUCGCAGCUGAAAAGAAACUCAACUCUACUCUGCAACUCAUUCCUAGGAUUUCUACACCUCGACGAAUCCUAGGUACUUCAGAAAUUUUGAAUGAAUGGAGAUGACAAUGUCAGCAGCAACUUGUUCCAACAUGACUAGAUUCAGUGGUAUUCUCCGGACAACAUGUGUAUCAUCAUCUCCCAAGAGGAAGCAUGCAAAAGGAAUCUUGAGAAAUUUUACCAUAUGUGCCUCACCAUUUAUAUCUUCAGUUGACCCUAUAAUUGUUAAUUCCCCUUCCUUUCAAGUUUUGGCUUCCAAUCUUUCGCUUGCCGAUGUCCCCCAACGGUCAGAGGAGUGGUUUGCCCUUCGCAAGGACAAACUUACUACCAGCACAUUUGGCACUGCGUUGGGCUUCUGGAAAGGGAGUCGUCGCCCUGAGCUCUGGCAAGAGAAAGUGUUUGCAUCAGAGGCACAAAUCAUGGGAGCAAAUAAUGCCAUGGCAUGGGGAACACUCAAAGAAGCAGUAGCUGUAGAACAAUAUAAAAAGAUCACAGGUAAUGAGGUGAGCUCAAUGGGGUUUGCUGUUCAUUCAAAGCAGUCUUGUGAUUGGCUUGGUGCCUCCCCUGACGGUGUUCUUGGGUGCCCUCCACAACUUGGGAUACUGGAAGUCAAGUGUCCAUAUAACAAGGGCAAACCUGAGGCUGGCUUGCCUUGGUCGAAAAUGCCUUUCUACUACAUGCCUCAAGUUCAGGGCCAGAUGGAAAUAAUGGAUUGUGAAUGGGUUGAUUUGUAUUGUUGGACGCCAAACGGAAGUACUAUAUUUCGCGUGCUUAGGGAGCGUGAGUAUUGGAACUUGAUACAUGAUAUGCUACGCGAGUUUUGGUGGGAAAAUGUGGUUCCGGCAAGGGAAGCUCUACUUCUGGGUCGUGAAGAAGAGGUGAAAUCAUAUAAGCCUGCAUCUACUCACCAAAAGACAGGGGUAGCAAUUGCUAAAAGUAUAAAAUUAGCUCAGGAAACAAAGCUAUUUUGCAGAGAACUUGCAGGCCAUGUUGAAUUUUAUAGCUGAUUAGAGUUCACUAUGCAUUCAUUUUGUAUCCAAAACAUUUUCAUUUCCCAAUGUGUUAGUUGCUUUCUGAGACGGAUUUGGUGCUUUAGCUACUGCCUUUGGCGCCCUAUUGUAUUCAAAGCUAACAGCAUUUGUACAGUGUUCUUCAAAGCUAACUGGCAUUUUACACUCUUAGACGUU